CCAAGUGCAUAUUUUCAUCACCUACGGUUGUCCUUCAACACGACCACUUUACUAAUCCCUGCUUGCGGGCACUCUCUCUCUCUCUCUCUCUCUCUCUCUCUCUCUCACACACACACACACACACACACACACACACACACACACACGCGCAGCCAUCUGUCAACACAAUGGAUCGCAAAUGAGCGCCGUCAAUGGUACUACGUAGAGGGGCGAGGAAAAACGACCAACAAGAAAUCAACCUGGACAAAAUGCCUGAGAGGGAAUUCUUCCACCCACGCCACGUGGCAUCUCUCGUGUGCCGCAGAUAUUUCACCAAACGGACACUCACACACAUGUUAGAAUAAACCCAACUGCUUCUCCCAAGCCUAGGAGUGGGUUUCGCGAUGUGCUCUCUACUCCCGAGCUGAAAUGCGUCCUUUACGCAGCAAACAAUAGCCUACCUUUCCCCGCACAUAACGCCCCAUCCUUCACGGCCAUCCGUGGUCCUUUAGGUCCUCAACCGGGAUAAGUUUACUAAUCCCUGCUUGCGGUCUCUCUCUCUCUCUCUCUCUCUCUCUCUCUCUCUCUCUCUCUCACACACACMCACACCCACACACCCACACACAAAGAGCCCAUCGAUCAAAAAAAUGGGCCGUAAACGAGCGCCGUGGUUGGUACCUUGUAGAUGAGCAGGCAGAUACGACUACCGGGAAAUCAACCCGAAGACAAUCGCUGAGCAGGAAUGCUCCCAACCAACGACACGCAGCAUCUCUAGUACGCAACGGAGCUUCCACCCAACGACCACAAAUACACGCAUACAAAGCUCCCACCACUUCUGCCGGGCUUUACGAGUGGGUUGCUCGCUAUCCGACAGAGGACCGUGGGAGGCUUCUACUAAAAACUAAGCCACCGUGGGAGGCUUCUACUAAAAACUAAGCCGCGAAUAGAUAAUCCUCCGCUUGUUGAUAAUGCCUUAAACCACUAGCACCUCCGCCAGUCGGGAAAUAGGAAGGCCUCGGGUAGCCUCUCCGAUCGUUUAGCAUGCCAAAACCAAACGGCGGCCGAUGAGAUUUACCAAGAGCAGGCCGUGACCGACGUCACACCCUGCCCCCGAUAUUUUGGAGUUUUCCCGAUACUGGCAGAGGUACUAGUGCCUUAACUGCAAUGAUUUGAGAACGGCGAUGAUUCAUUAAAAAAAAAAAAAAAGGCCCGUGGAGAAGAGAUGAACGUCCUUGAAAAACAUCAAGAGAAUCCAACAAUUCUAACAGAAAAAUAUUUAUUAAUAAUCAAUUAAAAAGAGUACGACACUCCUGCAAAUAAAACAGGGCAGGGGAGGAGGGGAAACGAGAGCCAGAAAGCGCCGGCGAAAAAAAACAGAAAAGACAAACAGAAGCGCCAGGAGUGGAAGAGGAAAGAGCGCGACAAAGCGCAACACAGAAAAAGUGGCCAGGCAGAGGACAAAGCCGGGAGAAAGAGCGAGAAGGGGGAGAGGGAGAGGAAAGGUCCAGGAGAGAGAGGAGGGAAACUGGAGGGAGACAGGAAGUAGAGGAGGAAGAGGAAGAGGAGGAAGGAAGAGGAAGAAGAGGAUGAAGGAAGAAGGUCCGGGAGAAAGAGCGAGAAGGGGGAGAGGGAGAGGAAACGUCCAGGAGAGAGAGGAGGGAGACUGGAGGGAGACAAAGGAGAGGAGGAAAAGGAAGAGGAAGAAGAGAAGAGGGAGAGGGAGAGGAGGGAAGGAGGGAGAGAAGGGAGAGAAGGGAGAGAAUGGAGAAGGGAGAGGAGGAAGAAGUGAGAGGUGGUGAAGCAGGCGGGGAAGCGAGGAGGGAGAAGAGAACAGCAAGCGACUGGUCUCGCAUUGUGCAUUGCUGC